AUGGAUGUACCCGAAAUGGUCGGUUUCUAUAAAAUUUUAGAACCAAUUGGUCAUGGAGGAUUUGGCCAAGUAUAUUUAGUUAAAUCCACUGAAGAUGAUCAAUAUUACGCUAUGAAAAUUGAGAAAUUAGAUUCAAAAAUAAAAUCUCUCGAGUUUGAAGUAACAGUAAUUAAAAGAUUACACAAUUCAGACAGAUUUCCUCGCAUUUUGUCAUCUGGCAAAGAAGGAGAUUUAAAUUAUUUUGUAAUGGAAUUAUUCGGACCAUCUUUACACACAAUAGCUGAAUGGAUGCCAUCGGGCUAUAUAAACAGACUAUACAUUUAUCGUCUUGCUGAUGAAAUGCUUUCAUGCAUUGAACAUUUGCAUAAAAAUGGGUAUAUUCAUCGCGAUAUCAAACCACACAACUUCGUAUUACGAUUAAAUGGAACUUUCCCAUUAGCUCUUCUUGAUUUUGGAAUCUCCAAACAGUAUAUUGAUCGAGAUGGAAAUCAUCUUCCUGCAAGAGAUUCAGUUCACAUUGCCUGGUCUCCAUAUUAUGCAUCUCUCAAUUCCCAUAAGCAUAAAGAGCUUUCUCGCCGUGACGAUCUUAUUUCUUGGCUUUUUUCAGUGAUGGCACUUACAGAAUUCAAAUUACCAUGGCAAACUGAUGAUCAUGUUGAUGAUAUUGAGCGCUUUAAGCAAAAAUACGAAUUAGCAAUGGUUGUUAAUCCUCUUGGGCAACCUUUCAAAGAUAUUGCAACUUACAUUCAAAGUUUAGAUUAUUCAGAUACACCAGAUUAUGCAAAGAUACACAAAUUGAUUCUAGAUAACAUUCCGGAGACACAAUUCCCAUACCAAUGGAUGAAAUUUACUCCAGAAGAUGUCGUUUUUCGUUUCGAUCCAUCAGCGAACAAUUACGAUCCAACAGGAUUUAUUAUAUCAAAAUGUCCGCAAUUUAAGUAUUUGAAUACGAAGAAAUGUUUAUUAAUUUAA